AUGGAAACUUCCCCUCUAAUGUCUAGUCAAAACCGGGAAACAAUAUCCUCAGAAUCAAUGGCACUUCGUGCCUCUAACCCUACUGUAUCAAAAUUUUCAAUAUAUCCAGAGUAUAUGAAGCAGGCUCAAAAAAGACCUAGCGAAGAUACCACCAAAAAUAAAUCAUUCAGUAAAAAACCAAAACAGAAUAAAGAAAAAGGCGAUAAGAAAGAUUCUAAUACUGUAAAAAAACUUAUUACAGAAUUAACAUCCAACACCUCUGAACAAAACACAGAUACGAUAACUUCUUACCCAGUAACAGCUACCGAAACCGACCCACUACCUAUCGACUUUCUAAAUUUAUAUACUAAAAUUACCUCUGCUGAAAGUGAAAUCCAAAAACCAAACCAGAAUAUAAUUAUCCAGUAUUAUAACUUUGGAUUAGGUAUAGCAAAACGCUUCAAGUUCUAUUAUGAAAAAUCAUAUAAUGUAAAUGACGCUAAUAGUGAAGUUAAAAAAGAAAUCGAAAAACAACUUCCUGAUGGUACUUCUGAAACUACUAUUCGGAAGAGAAAAGAGAGAGCCCAAAAGAUUUUUCACCUCUUUAGUAAGAUAGGAACGGAUAAAAUAGGACGAGUGAAGUCUUUUUCUGCAUUGAUGAUCUCUAAAUUAACUGUGGAUCAAAUUAACCAUGUAAUAUCUCAAAUUCCAGAUAAAACACCAACAGAAUCAUUCGUAUAA